CUGGGGCCCAGUCCCUCGACUCCAGCGGCUGCCAUGGGGCAUGAGCUGGGCAAUGAGCUGUUUGCCGUGGUGGAGCAGGUGCAACCAGAGUUGGCGCCCAAGCUGACCGGGAUGCUGCUGCAGCUGGGGGAAGAUGAAUGCUGGGCAUGCCUUGAGGACCACGAAAAGCUGGCAGAGCGUUUGGAUGAGGCCAUGGCCAUCCUGGACGGCGUUCAUGCUGAGGCCGGGCCCUCCGUGCCACGGCCGGCCGAGACGCGGGUGGAUCCCGAGGAUGGCGUGGCCAGGACCUUUCAAGAGCUUCAGAAGCGAUAUGCUGGUCAGUACUCCUCGCAGGAAAUCAAGGAGUACUGGGACCACUGCAAGGCCGCAGCCAAGGCGCCUGCGGCCAAGGUCGCGGCCAAGGCUGGUCCUCAGGCCCCAAAAGCGGCGCCGACGCGGGCAAAGGCACCCGAGCCGGCAAAGGCAGCGUCAGCCAAAGCACCAGCGAAGGCGCCAGCUCAGGUGCCAGCUUCGCCAGCAAAGGCGCCAACAAAGGCGCCAGCAAAGGCGCCAACAAAGGCACCAGCAAAGGCGCCAGCAAAGGCGCCAACAAAGGCCGCACCAGUCAAGGAGGUCAUCCCCAGACUUCGCGCCUGGCUGGCCAAGCUCCAGUUGGAGCACUACCUGGCAGCGGCUGAGCAGUGGGCCGAAGAGCAGGGAGCCGUGAGCCUGGAGGAGCUGGUGGAAUUCGGGGAGGAUAUGGCCAAGGAUUUGAAGAUGAAGGCGCUGGAACGGAAACGCGUUGUGGAGCAGGGCGAAGCUGUUUUCAAAGAGGUGGAAGCGAUGCCGGACGAGGUCGCAGAGGUCGCAGACUCCGAUCACGACAACGAUGACGGCGAGGGCGACGAUGGCGACGACGACUUCCACGAGGGGCGCAACGCACAACUGGACACGGAGCGAGACAUUGCUGCCCUGAGCCGCGUCGACGUCGAGCCGCCUGACCCCGAGCCGCCCCGGGCCCGGCCCGCCCCGGCGCGCGCCACGCGCCCGGCGGCGCAGCGGCAACCGGAGCCGCCGGCGCAGCCGGAGCCACGGCGCUUCGCGCGGGGGCAGGGCUUUGGAGGCGAAGAAACCGGCGCCGAGAAUGGCGGCUACUACAACAAGAGCUCCAGCACCGGAGAGGAGAGGCGGAUUGAUCCGGAAGAUGGUAAGGCCAAGACUUUCAAGGAGUUGCAGGCUGAGUACACCCAUCUCUACAGCCCCCACGAGAUCUCCGAGUACUGGAACGAAUGCGCCGUCGCCGGCAGCACGGCGAAGCCGGCGCCACCGGCUUCGCCGGCACCCCAAGCGCCCAAGCCGGCGCCGCAAGGGAAGAGCCAACCCUGGGGUGCAGGUGGAUCGAAACUUCGAUUCUAGUCCUCUCUUAUUGUAUCUGAUUACAUAAAAAUCAACUAUGUAG